AUGACUGAGAUAUAUAAAGAUCCUUCACAGCCAAUCGAAGCUCGUGUAGAUGAUCUUCUUUCACGUAUGACAGUGGAAGAAAAGGUCGGCCAGCUCGUUCAGAUUGAUGGAAGAGAAAAUUUACUUGAAGUCAUGGAAAAACAACACGUAGGCUCAGUUCUCCAUCUUUUAGGUGAAAAUACAAAGCCUGCUAUUGAAUUUUCACGCAAAACACGCCUUCAAAUCCCAGUAAUCAUGGGUAUUGAUGCCAUUCACGGACAUUCUUUCUGGCCAGGUGCUACAAUCUUCCCAACACAGCUUGGUAUAUCAGGAAGCUGGGACGAAGACCUCAUCAAGAAGAUGGCAGAGAUUACUGCUUACGAAAUGAGAUACACUGGCAUGUCCUGGAGCUUUUCUCCAGUCGUCUGCAUUGCUCGUGAUACUCGCUGGGGCCGUGUUGGCGAAACAUUUGGUGAAGAUCCUUAUCUUAUCGGCAGAUUUGCUUCUGCUAUGGUUAAAGGUCUCCAAGGUGACAAAUUGAGCAAUGAUCCAGACCACGUCAUGGCCACUGCCAAGCAUUUCGCCGGAUACAGUGAAACACACGGCGGCCGCGACGCAAGUGAGUCUGAUUCCUCCCACAGGAAGCUUCUUUCUUACUUCUUACCACAGUUCAAGAAGUGUGUCGAGGCAGGUGCUGGCGCAUUCAUGACUGGCUACCAAUCAAUGGAAGGAAUCCCAUCUACAGCAAAUUCUUGGUUGCUUAGGGAUAUCCUCAAAAACGAAUGGGGCCACCAAGGCUUCUUAGUUACAGAUUGGAAUAACGUCGGCUGGCUCGUCGAAGAUCAAAAGAUUUGUGCAACAUACGAAGAAGCCGCUGCUUUAGCAGUUCAUUGCGGCAACGACUUGAUGAUGACAACACCAAACUUCUACCAAGGCUGCCUUGACGCUCUUAAGAACGGAAAGUUAGAUAUCUCAGAAGUUGACAAAGCAGUUAAGAGAAUUUUACGUUGCAAGUUUACACUCGGCUUAUUCGAGGAUGACAGAUAUCCAGAUGUCGAAAAAGCUAAAACUCGUUGUAAUACUCCAGAACAUCGUAAUGCAGCUUUACAAGCAGCUCUCGAAGGUCUUAUCCUCCUCAAGAAUGACGGAAUACUUCCAUUACAAAACGACAAAGUCAAAGUCGCUUUACUUGGUCCAAAUGCAGACCAUGCUUGGGCACAGCUCGGAGAUUGGUCUCUCGGAACAGGCCAAGCCAACCAACCACUUGUACAACCGCGCGAAUUAAUUGUUACAGUCAAAGAUGCCCUUGAAAAGAAACUAGGACAGAAUUUGACUUUCGAAGUUGGCGCUGCUAUCGAAGAAGGUGAUCCAGCAUACAACUUAUUCCAAGCCAAGAAGAAUAUCGAGAACUGUGAUGUUAUUGUCGUUGUUGUUGGCGACAGAUUAUCAUUAUGGGGCGAAACGAAGUCAACCGCCACUCUCAAGUUGCAAGGCACACAGAGAGAAUUAAUUAACUUCGUUGCCGACUCCGGAAAACCAUUCAUUGUUGAUGUAAUUUCAUCAAAACCAAUGGUUCUUCCAAAGAAGGCCUUCAGAGCCAAUGCAAUCAUCCAGCAGUUCUCUCCAGGUAUGCUUGGUGGUGAAGCCUUCAAACAAAUCAUCUUCGGAGAGUUCGAACCACGUGGCAGAUUAACAAUUUCAGUUCCUGUCCACGUCGGACAGCUUCCAAUCUACUACAACCAGGUCAGAGGCCAGCAUGGAAACUGUUACGCUGAUAUGACACAAAGACCAAGGUUCGAAUUCGGCUACGGACUCACUUACACUACAUUUGAAUAUGUUACAGCGAAAUUGGACAAGAAAGUUUACAAGAAGACAGACAAAAUCACAGCAACAGUCACUGUCAAGAACACAGGAAAGAGGAAAGGCACAGAAAUUAUCCAGCUCUACAUCAAUGAUGUUGUUACAUCAGCAACAUGGGCUGUUCAAGAACUCAAAGGAUACGCGAUUGUUGAGUUGGCUCCAGGAAAGAAGAAAGACGUCCAAAUCGUUAUCUCAGCACAAGACUGCAGCAUAGUCAACACAAAGUGCGAAAGAGUUGUAGAACCAGGCGAUUUCAAGGCUAUGAUUGGCAUGUCUUCACUUGACAUCAAACACACAAUUGAUUUCAAGAUUGAGUAA